AUGAUUCACAAAAUAUUAACCUCCACAAUAUUAAUUAAAGAAUUUAAGAAAUAUCAUAAUAGAACUAAAGAAAAAGAAACUAUUGUAUAUUAUUUGUCUAAAUUUUAUGAAGAUUCUUUAAUAAAAUGUAUUAGAUAUGCUCCAUAAUUUUUUUAAAUAAAAGAAUAAGCUAAUAUAUAUAAUAUAUAUGGUGUAUUGGAGUAUGUUGAAUUUAAAGAAUUAAAACCAAGAUAAGGUAUUAAUUUUGAUCCUAAAUAAUAAUUAUCAAUCAAAGAUUUAGAUUCACCAACUAGAUCUCCUAAUAAAAUUUUAACAACAAUCAAUAUUUCUAAACCUAUAAUGAAAAUUAAAAAAAAUAGCUAGCUAAAUUGA